AUGAAUAACAAUACGUAUGAGUAUAAGGAAUCAAAACAGCUAAAGUAUAACAACAACCUUACAAAUGAAAGAGAUAUAUAUUACUCAGGUGGACUAAAAGAAUAUGGUAAUGUUAGUGGCAAUGCAUCAGUAUAUAUAAAUAAAGAAAUGGGUGAAAGAAAAAUGAACAAUGGUUUUAUUGGUGAAAGAGCAAAUCCUUAUGAUCGUAAAAAUAUAUCAUUAAAUAAUAAGGGUGAUUAUUCUAUGGAGGCCUUUAACCACAACAAUAAUAAUAUUAAUGGUAACACAAGUAAUAAUAAUAGUAAUUGUAAUAAUAAUAACAGUGGAGUGUAUUUCAAUAAUAAUAAUUGUAGUAAUAACAGUAGUGCUAGUAGUAACAAUGUUUCAAGUGUGAAUAUGUGUGAGAGUAGAUUAAGAAAACCUAGUCGAUCCUAUGAACAACAAUCAAUAAUAGAAAGUAAUAGAAAAGAUAUGUGCUAUUAUCUACCAGUUAUAUCACGACAUUCUUUCAGCUUUAGAGAUAAUAAUUUAAAAUCUAAUAUUAAUGACGAGAAAAAUUGUAGGAGUGGUAAAAUAAUAGGUGAACCCUUCCCCUUAGAUUUAAUAUCACGAAACAAAUAUUGUGUUGAAAAAGGAAUCUAUGGUUCUAAGUUUAGUAAAUCUUUUGAGACUACGAAUGUAUCUAAUGAUCAUAUUAUUAAUAAUAGAAGUAAUACAACUGUAAGUAAUGUUAGUAGUACUUGUAGUAUUAGUAACAUGGACAAUAUAGGAACACUUUCAAAUAAUAAAUCUAAUAUAAAUAGUAGUAAUAAUAUUAAUAGUAGUAAUAAUAAUAAAGUACAAACAGAUUAUGAAGUGUAUGAAAAUUUUGAUAAGGUAGAUAUAACAACUCAUAAUUAUAAUAAUGAUAGAUUAAUAAAAAAUACUCAUUUAUUAAAUGAACAAAAUAAUAAUUCAACAAAUUCCAAGUAUCAAAGUUAUCACUCAAAAACUACAACAAAUCUUAAUUCGUCUUUUCCAUCCCAUAUACAUAAUGAUUAUAAAAAGUGUAAUGAUACCUAUCCUUUAACAACUGUUGAAUUUCCAAAUGAUAAUAAAAUGAAUCUCACACAUUUUAAAACAAAUGUAAAUGCAAAUAUAACAGGUAUUAGUAGUUAUGAAACGGUGAGCUCUCUUAAUGACAAUAAUAUAUUUAUUUUUGAGAAAAAAAAUGAAAUUAAAAAGGAAUCUACUAGAGAUAAAAAUAUGAAUGACAUUGUAAUGAAUGGAAGAAAAAAUGAAGAAAAUUUUGUAAAUAUUAAUAUGACGAAUGAAAAGAGUUGUAAUUUAUUUAAAACAAAAAGUAAAACUGUGAUGCUUCCAAAUGAUAACUAUGAAAUGAUGCAUGUAGAGGGUAGAUAUAAUAUAGGAGAUGUAAAAGAGGACGUAUAUGAUCACAAAAUGUGUAUAGAUCGAAAAAAAGUAAACCUAACUGAUGGUAUUAGUAAUAAUAAUAAUAAUAGGGAGUACCUUUUUGACAGUUGUAAUAAAUAUCUUAAUGUUGAAAAUAAUUAUGAUAAUAAAAAUGAUCAGCUAGAUAUUCAGAAAGAUUGUAGUUUUUUAUCAGCUGAAGAAUUUGACGAGGAUAUUUUAAAAAAUGGAGAAAUGAAAAAUAUGAGUGAUAUCGAAGGGACCGAAGGUAUGGUUGAUUUAAAGGACAUUGAUGAAUUAGAAGAUGUGAAUGAUGAAGAGGACAUGAUGAUGGAAGCUGUAGAUGAAUCUUAUGAACAUUCAAAUAAAGAGAAGGAAUGUCCUAGUAAUUUAUUGAGCCAAAAUAAUAAUAAUAUGUUAUAUGAUGAAUAUAGGGUUCAUGCAGAAGAAUAUGGAUUAAUGAAGGUUCAUAGGAAUAACGACACGUGUCAAAUAAAGGAUAUUAAGGUGAAGCAAGAGAUGGAUCCACUUAAAACAAUUAACACAAACAAUAUGAAUAAUAUGAAUAGUAUGAAUAGUAUAAAUAAUAUGAACAGUAUGAAUAGUAUGAAUAGUAUAAAUAGCAACAAUAAUAAUAAUAAAUUUAAUGAUGAAGAUAAUAAAAAUGUCGAAGAGAACUCGAAGCUGACACAUCAUGAUCAAUUAACAUCUUUUUAUUUUAACUCAUCAGAAAAUAAUAAAAAUAAGUGUAAUGAAAAAGAUAUGGAAGAGAAUGAUAAUAAUUCACAGAAGGAUAUAAAAAAAUACAAACCUAAAGUUCAAACAAAAAUACGAACAAAAUUAAAAUUAAGAAUGAAAGAUGAUGAUAAAUUAAAUAAGAAAAAGAAAAAGAAAAUACCUGGAAGAAUAUAUAAAGUUAUUGUAAGAGGUAAAGAAUGUUGGAGAGCCGAAUGGUUAGUACAUUCAAAAAAUGAUGAUUUAAGAACAUUACAUCCAAAGCUUGCUAAUAUAAAUAAUGAAAAGAUAAAUUUCCAUGCAUAUAAUAAUAAUAAUAAUAAUAAUCAUAAUCAUUUUAAUAAUCAUCAUUUUAAUAAUCCGUUUAAUCAUUUUGAUAAUGAUGAUGAUAUUGGUGAUGUGAAUAAUUCUAAAGAUAAGAAAAAUAAUUUAAAAAAAAAAAGUAAACAAUUCUCUGUAUCUGUAUAUGGUCAUGAAAAUGCAAGAUUAUUUGCAUUAUUUGAAUUAAUUAAAUAUAAUUGUGUACCAGAUAGUUUAAAGGAAGAGGCAACCAUAUGUAUUCAUAAUAUAAAGAAAAACUUGCUUAAUUCUGAAAAAUCUUCUAAUAAAUCUUUUAAUGGUCCUUUUUUACAAUUUUUACUUUCAGAUGAAAAUAAUGAGUAUUCUUCUAUGUUUUAUAAGAAGUUGGAAAAUAACCCAGUAAACAACUAUAACAAGUAUAAUAGUAAUAUAAAUAAUAAUAUAAAUAAUAAUAUAAAUAAUAAUAAUAAUAAUAAUUGGUAUGGAAGAAAUACAGCAAGUUCUCUUAAUGAGAGUAAUAUAUAUAAUCAUCUUAACGUAGGAUUUAAUGCUAACAUUAAUGGUAUUAAUAAUAUGAAUAAUAUGAACAAUAUGAAUAAUAUGAAUAGUAUGAAUAAUAAUAAUUAUUUAAAUCAUCUUACUAAUAAUUUGAAUCACCACACAAGUAAUUUAAACCAUAUAAAGGGAUACACAAAUGAUAACUAUAGUAUUAAAUCUGAGACAAGUCAAUCAUUGAAGGACAAAAAGGAAAACAUGAACAGCAUGAUGUUAUUAAAUGAUAAUAAUAGUAAUAGUAAUAAUAAUUAUUAUUAUAGUAAAAUAAAUUAUAUGAAUAAAAGUGACGGUUCCUUUAAUCCACCCAAUAACAAUAUGAAUACUAACAAUAAUAAUAAUAGUAAUAAUAAUAGUAAUAGUAAUAAUAGUAGUAGUGUGAAUGUAAACAUGAAUAGUAGUGGUAACCCUAAUAAUCAUAAUAUUGUUAAUGCUAACCCUUCUGGACAUAAUAACAAUCAUGUAGUACUUAAUAAAAUUAAUAAUAUUAAUAAUAAUAUUAAUAAUAAUAUUAAUAAUAAUAAUAACAACAAUAAUAACAAUAAUAACAACAAUAAUAAUAAUAAUAAUAACACUUUUGACUUUAGUGGUAAAAUAAAUUCAAAUUCAUAUAUUGUAGAAAAUAAUAAUACAUUAUUAAAAGGAUCAAAUAAUAUAAACAAUUUAUAUAAUAAUAUUUCAUAUGUUGAAGAUAAUAAAAUCGAUGAAGAAAUAUUAUAUGAUAAUGAAACCAUAAGUAAUAAUAUACAUAAUGAUGAUUUCUGCUCAAAUAAAAAUAGUGUUCUUAAAGAUAUAUUAUAUAAUAUCGAUCAUAAAAUGACAAACAACAAUAAUUAUAAUACAAGCUUUAUAUAUGAUGAUGAUACAACCACCACAGCUACCGUUACCAAUAAUAGUAAUUACCUGAACGGUCAGGUAAAUAGCCAAAAUGAAAUAAGUAAUAAUAGUGUGCAAACUGACAUGUUGGUUAAUCCUAUGAUGUAUAGGAAUUAUAUAUAUUCAAAUGCUGAAGUGGAUAAUAUGAAAAUGAAUUCAAAUUAUCCCCCUAAAAUGAUGAAUAAUAAUACCAAUAUGAUGUAUAAUCAUAAUAGCAAUUUUAAUCAUUUCAAUAAUUAUAAUCGUAAUGUGAAUAAUUGA